UAAAGAGUCUGGAGGAAGACAUGACCAUGUUGGUGCAGAGAGGUGAAGAAGAACAGAGAGAGGGAGAGAGAGAGAGAGAGAGGGAGAGAGAGAGAGAGAGCACAGCGAGCAUUCACUCAUUCUUUCGCCUCCUCAGUUAAAGGGGCAGUUUCUGUUUUUCUCUCAGGAUGUCUGAAGGUGAAUCAGCAGGAACCAAACUUGCGUCGGUGGACUUUGAGAUCUUCGGUCACGUUCAGGGAGUCUGUUUCAGAAUGUACACAGAGAAGGAGGGUUUGCGGCUGGGUCUGGUCGGCUGGGUGAAGAACACCUACAGUGGGACGGUGGUGGGACAGGUCCAGGGUCCUGCAGACAUGGUGGAGGAGAU